GAAGUAGGAACUAGGAAGGAAAGUUUAAAGUCUGAAAGGGAAUAAUUUCAAUGAAAUUUACCAAACUUAAAAAAGAAGAUUCCAGGGAACCACCCCACUAAGACAAAUUACCCACAUACAAUUGUAAUACUCUCUCCCUCUCUAUAUCUCCCACAAACGAAAAGGUCAACAGCUAGAAGAAGAAGGAGAAGGGAUGCUUUUGAAUCGUCUUCUCUGACUCUAGGAAUGGGUGUUGGUGGGCUGAUUAUGUGCGUCAUCACCUCUAUGAGUCCUCUUGGUCAAACAAGAGCGCACUUAGCCUCAUUUGAUUUCUAGUUUCUGUAUUCUAGCUAGCUAAUUUUGUCAAUGGGAAGCUGCUACUCUUUAGUUCCAGUAAUCCGCAGUACUCCUCUCAGAGUUAGACUCCGCUGUAUCAGUAACCACUAACCAUAUUUCUGGACUCAAUCCCAUUUUAUUUUAGUGAGGUUUUGCUCAUAUUUCUGGUUUUUGGGGGUUUGUUUCAUAUCUUCAUGAGCAACAUAUCUUCUCUAAUUAGAUCUAUAUAUGCCUUGGACAAGUGCGGUAUAUCUUGGACGGUGCAUGCUGAUCUCUUGUGAGGUGGACGUGGCUUCAACGAUCAAGGCUCCUCAAAAUUUACAUGCCCCAUUUUCUCAUUCUUCUAUUCUAGCUCCUUUCUCCUAUCAGUAGCAGCAGAUCGAACCAUCAAAGAAGUUGGUUAAGCAGCAGCAGCACCCGCCACGCUAGCUUAUAAUAAUGGUGAAGACGUAGUACUGAGGUCGUUAAGAUGGAUACUCCCCCUACCGCAAAUCAUUGUGAGGGCGAUGCUGAUGAACAUCAUCAUAGUCAUCAUCACAACCUUGUGGAUCUUGGAGUUGGUGCAACUGCUAAUUCCAUGGCGCUGAUUGAGAGAGAACACAUGUUCGAUAAGGUAGUCACUCCCAGUGACGUCGGCAAGCUCAAUCGGUUAGUCAUCCCCAAACAGCACGCCGAGAAGUAUUUCCCUCUUGAUUCCUCCACCAACGAGAAAGGCCUCCUCCUCAAUUUCGAAGACAGAAACGGAAAGCCCUGGCGGUUCAGAUAUUCUUACUGGAAUAGCAGCCAAAGCUAUGUCAUGACCAAAGGUUGGAGCCGCUUUGUCAAGGAGAAGAAGCUCGAUGCUGGGGAUAUUGUCUCUUUUCAGCGCGGAAUAGGUGAAUUAGGCAAAGAUCGUCUCUUCAUCGAUUGGAGGCGCCGUCCAGAUGCCCCGACCGACCAUCUCCACACCAACUUCAUGACUCAUGUGCCGCUUUCACACCAUUUCUCUAAUAAUUUCCAGUACCGCUCCAAUAUUAAUCAUCAAUACCCAGCUGCUUGGAAUCAUCCGCUCUUUUUGCAGCAAGACCAUUCACCUUUACAUUCCCGUCCUGCCGGCAGCAUGUCUCAUCAGCAGCAAUAUAGCUACAGCGCCUAUGGAAUUGGGAACAGUCCUAAUUACUACGAUACAGCUUCUAAUUUCAACAGCAUGGCUAGCAGUAGAAUCGUGGUAAAUGGAAACCCUUGUCCGAGCGGGUCAGUAGUUUAUCUCAGAUCGGGAUCAGUAGCCCAAGUCCCACAACAGGAGGUGGGAUUAAUGAAGCAAAUGCAAAGAGGUAGUGGUAGUAGUAGUAUUGUUGGAGAAGGGAGUGGUAGGCUUGUGGAGCCAAUGGUGUUCGACUCGGUACCGGUUGUCCAAGGCAAGGCAGCACCAAAGCGACUCAGGUUGUUCGGCGUGAAUAUGGACUGUCCCGUCUCAGACUCGGAUGAAUCAUGUGACAUGUCCUCGUCCUCCUCCUCCUUGCCUACAGCAAGUUAUUCUCAUACUCCCCAAUUUUCAACCUCAACUCCUUCGCUCCAAUUUAGGACUUUUAACAACUACGAUGAUGCCAAGCCGCUCCAAACAGCACCCACCGACGAAGAAUCGUCAGGCAAAGGCAAGGAAUCCAUGUCCUUGGAUUUGGAAAUUUGAUCAUUUCUAAAACCCCAAACAAGUGUAAAUUGAAGAGAAUUAGCUGCAAAGGGUUUCUUCAUCAUAGGGCACGUACGGGUCCGUUAUGAGUCCUUAUGGCCUACUGAGAAAGAAAAUUAAAUGUCAUUGCAAAGUCAGUUGGCGUUCGCUUUACAAAAUGAAAAAAAUGAGCAAAUGUGUUCAAGUUGAUCGAAUUUGUGCAUAAUACUCUAAUAGAGAUGAUGAGAUACUUUGCAAAAACUAGGAUAUCACACCAGAUCCUUUUAUACUGGUUAUUUUAUGUUUGAAUUUCCAACUGCGGGGCUUGGUUUGGACCCUCAAAGUGUAGUAAUGCCUCAGUUUUCAGUUAAGCACCUUGAUUGUAUUGAUAGAAACAAUAGAAAAAAGAGCUUUACUAUUUACACAA